GCGCGCGCUCCCGGACCAAGGCGCGCUCCCGGACCAAGGCGCGCUCCCGGACCAAGGCACGCUCCCGGACCAAGGCGCGCGCCCGGACCAAGGCGCGCUCCCGGACCAAGGCGCGCUCCCGGACCAAGGCGCGCGCCCGGACCAAGGCGCGCGCCCGGACCAAGGCGCGCGCACGGACCAAGGCGCGCGCACGGACCAAGGCGCGCGCCCGGACCAAGGCGCGCUCCCGGACCAAGGCGCGCGCCCGGACCAAGGCGCGCGCCCGGACCAACGCGCGCUCCCGGACCAAGGCGCGCGCUCCCGGACCAAGGCGCGCGCCUGGACCAAGGCGCGCGCCCGGACCAAGGCGCGCGCCCGGACCAAGGCGCGCUCCCGGACCAAGGCGCGCUCCCGGACCAAGGCGCGCGCCCGGACCAAGGCGCGCGCUCGGACCAAGGCGCGCGCCCGGACCAAGGCGCGCGCCCGGACCAAGGCGCGCUCCCGGACCAAGGCGCGCUCCCGGACCAAGGCGCGCGCCCGGACCAAGGCGCGCGCCCGGACCAAGGCGCGCUCCCGGACCAAGGCGCGCUCCCGGACCAAGGCGCGCUCCCGGACCACGGCGCGCUCCCGGACCACGGCUCGCGCCCGGACCAAGGCGCGCGCCCGGACCAAGGCGCGCGCCCGGACCAAGGCGCGCGCCCGGACCAAGGCGCGCGCCCGGACCAAGGCGCGCGCUCCCGGACCAAGGCGCGCGCCCGGACCAAGGCCGCGCGCCCGGACCAAGGGGCGCGCAAGGACCAAGGCGCGCGCCCGGACCAAGGCGCGCGCCCGGACCAAGGCGCGCGCCCGGACCAAGGCGCGCGCCCGGACCAACGCACGCCCGGACCAACGCGCGCGCCCGGACCAACGCGUGCGCCCGGGCCAAGGCGCGCUCCCGGACCAAGGCGCGCGCCCGGACCAAGGCGCGCGCCCGGACCAAGGCGCGCGCCCGGACCAAGGCGCGCUCCCGGACCAAGGCGCGCUCCCGGACCAAGGCGCGCGCCCGGACCAAGGCGCGCGCCCGGACCAAGGCGCGCGCCCGGACCAAGGCGCGCGCCCGGACCAAGGCGCGCGCCCGGACCAAGGCGCGCGCUCGGUCCAAGGCGCGCUCCCGGACCAAGGCGCGCGCCCGGACCAAGGCGCGCUCCCGGACCAAGGCGCGCUCCCGGACCAAGGCGCGCGCCCGGACCAAGGCGCGCGCCCGGACCAAGGCGCGCUCCCGGACCAAGGCGCGCGCCCGGACCAAGGCGCGCUCCCGGACCAAGGCGCGCGCCCGGACCACGGCGCGCGCCCGGACCAAGGCGCGCGCCCGGACCAAGGCGCGCGCCCGGACCAAGGCGCGCUCCGGACCAAGGCGCGCUCCCGGACCAAGGCGCGCUCCCGGACCAAGGCGCGCUCCCGGACCACGGCUCGCGCCCGGACCAAGGCGCGCGCCCGGACCAAGGCGCGCGCCCGGACCAAGGCGCGCGCCCGGACCAAGGCGCGCGCCCGGACCAAGGGGCGCGCCCGGACCAAGGCGCGCGCUCCCGGACCAAGGCGCGCGCCCGGACCAAGGGGCGCGCAAGGACCAAGGCGCGCGCCCGGACCAAGGCGCGCGCCCGGACCAAGGCGCGCUCCCGGACCAAGGCGCGCUCCCGGACCAAGGCGCGCGCCCGGACCAAGGCGCGCGCCCGGACCAAGGCGCGCUCCCGGACCAAGGCGCGCGCUCCCGGACCAAGGCGCGCUCCCGGACCAAGGCGCGCUCCCGGACCAAGGCACGCUCCCGGACCAAGGCGCGCGCCCGGACCAAGGCGCGCUCCCGGACCAAGGCGCGCUCCCGGACCAAGGCGCGCGCCCGGACCAAGGCGCGCGCCCGGACCAAGGCGCGCGCACGGACCAAGGCGCGCGCACGGACCAAGGCGCGCGCCCGGACCAAGGCGCGCUCCCGGACCAAGGCGCGCGCCCGGACCAAGGCGCGCGCCCGGACCAACGCGCGCUCCCGGACCAAGGCGCGCGCUCCCGGACCAAGGCGCGCGCCUGGACCAAGGCGCGCGCCCGGACCAAGGCGCGCGCCCGGACCAAGGCGCGCUCCCGGACCAAGGCGCGCUCCCGGACCAAGGCGCGCGCCCGGACCAAGGCGCGCGCUCGGACCAAGGCGCGCGCCCGGACCAAGGCGCGCGCCCGGACCAAGGCGCGCUCCCGGACCAAGGCGCGCUCCCGGACCAAGGCGCGCGCCCGGACCAAGGCGCGCGCCCGGACCAAGGCGCGCUCCCGGACCAAGGCGCGCUCCCGGACCAAGGCGCGCUCCCGGACCACGGCGCGCUCCCGGACCACGGCUCGCGCCCGGACCAAGGCGCGCGCCCGGACCAAGGCGCGCGCCCGGACCAAGGCGCGCGCCCGGACCAAGGCGCGCGCCCGGACCAAGGCGCGCGCUCCCGGACCAAGGCGCGCGCCCGGACCAAGGCGCGCGCCCGGACCAAGGGGCGCGCAAGGACCAAGGCGCGCGCCCGGACCAAGGCGCGCGCCCGGACCAAGGCGCGCGCCCGGACCAAGGCGCGCGCCCGGACCAACGCACGCCCGGACCAACGCGCGCGCCCGGACCAACGCGUGCGCCCGGGCCAAGGCGCGCUCCCGGACCAAGGCGCGCGCCCGGACCAAGGCGCGCGCCCGGACCAAGGCGCGCGCCCGGACCAAGGCGCGCUCCCGGACCAGCGCGCGCCCGGACCAAGGCGCGCGCCCGGACCAAGGCGCGCGCCCGGACCAAGGCGCGCGCCCGGACCAAGGCGCGCUCCCGGACCAAGGCGCGCGCCCGGACCAAGGCGCACUCCCGGACCAAGGCGCGCGCCCGGACCAAGGCGCGCGGCCGGACCAAGGCGCGCGCCCGGACCAAGGCGCGCUCCCGGACCAAGGCGCGCGCCCGGACCAAGGCGCGCGCCCGGACCAAGGCGCGCGCCCGGACCAAGGCGCGCGCCCGGACCAACGCGCGCGCCCGGACCAACGCGCGCGCCCGGACCAAGGCGCGCGACCGGACCAAGGCGCGCGCCCGGACCAAGGUGCGCUCCCGGACCAAGGCGCGCUCCCGGACCAAGGCGCGCUCCCGGUCCAAGGCGCGCCGGGACCAAGGCGCGCGCCCGGACCAAGGCGCGCGCCCGGACCAAGGCGCGCCCCCGGACCAAGGCGCGCCCCCGGACCAAGGCGCGCCCCCGGACCAAGGCGCGCGCCCGGACCAAGGCGCGCGCCUGGACCAAGGCGCGCGCCCGGACCAAGGCGCGCGCCCGGACCAAGGCGCGCUCCCGGACCAAGGCGCGCGCUUGGACCAAGGGGCGCUCCCGGACCAAGGGGCGCGCUCCCGGACCAAGGGGCGCGCGCCCGGACCAAGGCGCGCGCCCGGACCAAGGCGUGCGCUCGAACCAAGGCGCGCUCCCGGACCAAGGCGCGCGCUCGGACCAAGGCGCGCGCCCGGACCAAGGCGCGCGCCCGGACCAAGGCGCGCGCCCGGACCAAGGCGCGCUCCCAGACCAAGGCGCGCCCCCGGACCAAGGCGCGCGCCCGGACCAAGGCGCGCGCCCGGACCAAGGCGCGCUCCCGGACCAAGGCGCGCGCCCGGACCAAGGCGCGCGCCCGGACCAAGGCGCGCGCCCGGACCAAGGCACGCGCCCGGACCAAGGCGCGCGCCCGGACCAAGGAGCGCGCCCGGGCCAAGGCGCGCGCCCGGACCAAGGCGCGCGCCCGGACCAAGGCGCGCCCGGACCAAGGCGCGCGCCCGGACCAAGGCGCGCUCCCGGACCAAGGCGCGCGCCCGGACCAAGGCGCGCUCCCGGACCAAGGCGCGCGCCCGGACCAAGGCGCGCGCCCGGACCAAGGCGCGCGCCCGGACCAAGGCACGCGCCCGGACCAAGGCGCGCGCCCGGACCAAGGAGCGCGCCCGGGCCAAGGCGCGCGCCCGGACCAAGGCGCGCGCCCGGACCAAGGCGCGCCCGGACCAAGGCGCGCGCCCGGACCAAGGCGCGCUCCCGGACCAAGGCGCGCGCCCGGACCAAGGCGCGCGCCCGGACCAAGGCGCGCGCCCGGACCAAGGCGCGCGCGCCCGGACCAAGGCGCGCGCCCGGACCAAGGCGCGCGCCCGGACCAAGGCGCGCUCCCGGACCAAGGCGCGCGCCCGGACCAAGGCGCGCUCCCGACCAAGGCGCGCGCCCAGACCAAGGCGCGCGCCCGGACCAAGGCGCGCUCCCGGACCAAGGCGCGCCCCCGGACCAAGGCGCGCUCCCGGACCAAGGCGCGCGCCCGGACCAAGGCGCGCGCCCGGACCAAGGCGCGCGCCCGGACCAAGGCACGCGCUCGGACCAAGGCGCGCGCCCGGACCAAGGCGCGCGCCCGGUCCAAGGCGCGCGCCCGGACCAAGGCGCGCGCCCGGACCAACGCACGCCCGGACCAACGCGCGCGCCCGGACCAACGCGCGCGCCCGGGCCAAGGCGCGCUCCCGGACCAAGGCGCGCGCCCGGACCAAGGCGCGCGCCCGGACCAAGGCGCGCGCCCGGACCAAGGCGCGCGCCCGGACCAAGGCGCGCGCCCGGACCAAGGCGCGCUCCCGGACCAAGGCGCGCGCCCGGACCAAGGCGCGCGGCCGGACCAAGGCGCGCGCCCGGACCAAGGCGCGCUCCCGGACCAAGGCGCGCGCCCGGACCAAGGCGCGCGCGCUCCCGGUGCAAGGCGCGACCGGACCAAGGCGCGCGCCUGGACCAAGGCGCGCGCCCGGACCAAGGCGCGCCCCCGGACCAAGGCGCGCUCCCGGACCAAGGCGCGCUCCCGGACCAAGGCGCGCGCCCGGACCAAGGCGCGCUCCCGGACCAAGGCGCGCUCCCGGACCAAGGCGCGCGCCCGGACCAAGGCGCGCUCCCGGACCAAGGCGCGCUCCCGGACCAAGGCGCGCGCCCGGACCAAGGCGCGCGCCCGGACCAAGGCGCGCGCCCGAACCAAGGCGCGCGCCCGGACCAAGGCGCGCGCCCGGACCAAGGCGCGCGCCCGGACCAAGGCGCGCGCCCGGACCAAGGCGCGCGCCCGGACCAAGGCGCGCCCGGACCAAGGCGCGCGCCCGGACCAAGGCGCGCUCCCGGACCAAGGCGCGCGCCCGGACCAACGCACGCCCGGACCAACGCACGCCCAGACCAAGGCGCGCGCCCGGACCAAGGCGCGCCCCCGGACCAAGGCGCGCUCCCGGACCAAGGCGCGCGCCCGGACCAAGGCGCGCGCCCGGACCAAGGCGCGCGCCCGGACCAACGCACGCCCGGACCAACGCGCACGCCCGGACCAACGCGCGCGCCCGGACCAACGCGUGCGCCUGGGCCAAGGCGCGCUCCCGGACCAAGGCGCGCGCCCGGACCAAGGCGCGCGCCCGGACCAAGGCGCGCGCCCGGACCAAGGCGCGCGCCCGGACCAAGGCGCGCUCCCGGACCAGCGCGCGCCCGGACCAAGGCGCGCGCCCGGACCAAGGCGCGCGCCCGGACCAAGGCGCGCCCGGACCAAGGCGCGCGCCCGGACCAAGGCGUGCUCCUGGACCAACGCACGCCCGGACCAAGGCGCGCGCCCAGACCAAGGCGCGCGCCCGGACCAAGGCGCGCUCCCGGACCAAGGCGCGCCCCCGGACCAAGGCGCGCUCCCGGACCAAGGCGCGCGCCCGGACCAAGGCGCGCGCCCGGACCAAGGCGCGCGCCCGGACCAAGGCGCGCGCCCGGACCAAGGCGCGCGCCCGGACCAAGGCGCGCGCCCGGACCAAGGCGCGCGCCCGGACCAAGGCGCGCUCCCGGACCAAGGCGCGCUCCCGGACCAAGGCGCGCCCCCGGACCAAGGCGCGCUCCCGGACCAGCGCGCGCCCGGACCAAGGCGCGCGCCCGGACCAAGGCGCGCGCCCGGACCAAGGCGCGCUCCCGGACCAAGGCGCGCGCCCGGACCAAGGCGCGCUCCCGGACCAAGGCGCGCGCCCGGACCAAGGCGCGCGGCCGGACCAAGGCGCGCGCCCGGACCAAGGCGCGCUCCCGGACCAAGGCGCGCGCCCGGACCAAGGCGCGCGCCCGGACCAAGGCGCGCGCCCGGACCAAGGCGCGCGCCCGGACCAAGGCGCGCGCCCGGACCAACGCGCGCGCCCGGACCAAUGCGCGAGACCAACGCGCGCGCCCGGACCAAGGCGCGCGCCCGGACCAAGGCGCGCGCCCGGACCAAGGCGCGCUCCCGGACCAAGGCGCGCUCCCGGACCAAGGCGCGCGCCCGGACCAAGGCGCGCUCCCGGACCAAGGCGCGCUCCUGGACCAAGGCGCGCUCCCGGUCCAAGGCGCGCCCGGACCAAGGCACGCGCCCGGACCAAGGCGCGCUCCCGGACCAGGGCGCGCGCCCGGACCAAGGCGCGCGCCCAGACCAAGGCGCGCUCCCGGACCAAGGCGCGCUCCCGGACCAAGGCGCGCGCCCGGACCAAGGCGCGCGCCCGGACCAAGGCGCGCCCCCGGACCAAGGCGCGCGCCCGGACCAAGGCGCGCUCCCGGACCAAGGCGCGCUCCCGGACCAGGGCGCGCGCCCGGACCAAGGCUCGCGCCCGGACCAAGGCGCGCUCCCGGACCAAGGCGCGCUCCCGGUGCAAGGCGCGCCCGGACCAAGGCGCGCGCCCGGACCAAGGCGCGCGCCCGGACCAAGGCGCGCGCCCGGAACAAGGCGCGCGCCCGGACCAAGGCGCGCGCCCGGACCAAGGCGCGCUCCCGGACCAAGGCGCGCGCCCGGACCAAGGCGCGCUCCCGGACCAAGGCGCGCUCCCGGACCAAGGCGCGCGCCCGGACCAAGGCGCGCGCCCGGACCAAGGCGCGCGCCCGGACCAAGGCGCGCGCCCGGACCAAGGCGCGCGCCCGGACCAAGGCGCGCCCGGACCAAGGCGCGCGCCCGGACCAAGGCGCGCUCCCGGACCAAGGCGCGCGCCCGGACCAAGGCGCGCGCCCGGACCAAGGCGCGCUCCCGGACCAAGGCGCGCCCCCGGACCAAGGCGCGCUCCCGGACCAAGGCGCGCGCCCGGACCAAGGCGCGCGCCCGGACCAAGGCGCGCGCCCGGACCAAGGCGCGCGCCCGGACCAAGGCGCGCGCCCGGAAAAAGGCUCGCGCCCGGACCAAGGCGCGCGCCCGGACCAAGGCGCGCGCCCGGACCAAGGCGCGCGCCCGGACCAAGGCGCGCUCCCGGACCAAGGCGCGCGCCCGGACCAAGGCGCGCGCCCGGACCAAGGCGCGCGCCCGGACCAAGGCGCGCACCCGGACCAAGGCGCGCUCCCGGACCAAGGCGCGCGCCCGGACCAAGGCGCGCUCCUGGACCAAGGCGCGCUCCCGGACCAAGGCGCAAUGGGGCGGGGUGAUGGAAAGAGGGAGAAUGGGGCGGGGUGAUGGAAAGCGGGAGAAUGGGGCGGGUGAUGGAAAGCGGGAGAAUGGGGCGGGGUGA